UGCUCACUGAUUAUGUUGUUGUUGACAUGUUUACAUUAAUUUUGAUGUAUCAAGACGCUGGUUAAUCAAGAACCUGCUUUGUAGUUUGACCCAUUAUGUGUUUGGUUUUCAAUCAUUAUGAAUCUCAAGAACUGCUUUCAAGACUUUAAUCCUAGUAAAUGCCUGGUGUUCUCCUGUUUACUGGUGUUCUCGUUCUUGUUUGCACUGCGUCUAGACAGCUCCAUAACAUGGAGUUACUGGGUCAUAUUCCUCCCAGUCUGGCUGUGGAAGGUCAUGGUUCUCUUUGGAGCCGGCGUCGGCUGUUACGUCUGGUGGAAGAAUCCGCAUUACAGACUGGAAGGUGACAGCUACGUUCAGUUCAAAGCGAUGGUCAUGUGUACCGGUCUACACUUGCUGUUGCUGAUGUUUGAGAUUCUGGCCUGUGAUAAUCUCGAAACGGGAAAUCAUUCCUGGGUGCUCGUCUUCAUUCCGCUAAUAUUCGUGUCUGUCGUUUCCAUCGGCAUCUGUAUCUGGGCUGUCAAAAAUGACAGGUCAUAUGAGUUGGAGUUGUUUUGUUCCGUGAAUGUUCUGCAGUUUAUAUUUCUGGCUCUGAGACUUGAUAAUAUCAUUGUUUGGAGCUGGGUGAUUGUAUUUAUUCCUGUGUGGAUCGUCAUGUGUAUGUCGUUGAUUGGUGUCCUGUAUCUUAUUGUUCUCGCCGUCAUCUUCCUCAAAUCUCCCGACAUGAUUCCCGAACAGAGAAGGAACAACGUGUCCAACGCAAUCGGCUAUUCCUGUCUGGUGAUUCCGUUGUUAGUUUUUGAAAUUUUACUGGUGAACCGGCUUGAUCUGGUGAAUCACUUCACGUUUACCGCCAUCGCUGUGCCCUACCUUCUGUCAUUGCUUACCAUGAUCGGUUUCUCAUUCGGCUCCAAGGGAGGCAACUUUUGGUGGUUUGGAAUUCGCAAAGACUUUUGUCAGUUCGUGCUCGGUGUUUGUCCAUUCUUACAGGAGUAUGGGAACAUUUCAUACUCCGUUCAGAACAAUGACGUGGAGUCGGAAGAAACGCCUUCUUCCAACAACAGCGUGGUAAAGGUGAAGAAAUUCCCAGCCAGUAAAGGUCCCAUUGAUACACAGCCUAAAGCAGUGGUGCCUGUUCUGUCUAUAGAAACGCCGGACUGAUAUAGUGUGUCGUGUUUAUAAACUUAGAAUGUAUUACAGUUCAAGGUGGAAAAUGUUUGCAAAUGACUGAUUUUUAGUCUCAUAUUAAUAUAAAGUGAGAAUGCAUUACAAUACAGAGCGGAAAAUGUUCACGAAUGACUGAUUUUUAAGCUCAUAUUAAUAUAAAGUAAAAAUGCAUAACAGUACAGAGCGGAAAAUGUUCAUGAAUUAAAAUAUACUUUUCUUUU